UCCUUUCACCUCAUACGAUCCCUGCUUUACCGCAUUCCACGGUUCCACAACAACUCAAUGAGGUUGAAUGAAUAUCUAAUCCCAGAAAGUUAAUAUAGUUUUAUUUGUGUAUUAUCUUUAAUGUGCCCAAUUGGUACUUACAAUGGAGUGCCCGGACAAAUCUGAGAAUAUCGAUGGGAAUGUGGACACAAAUGAUUUGCCUAACGACGAUCAGGUUCUAUCUUUGAUAACUGACGCAAUGUUCGUCGACUCAAUAUUAAGUGUUAAUCCGCUUGGUCCACCAACGAGAGGAAAUUUUGCCGGUGAGGCAAACUUUGAGAUAUCAAUAGACGGAUCACAAACCAGGAGAAAAAAGUUCCUAUUCUCGGCGAAACUGAAUAAGAUAUAUGUGGAUAUUGGUGUUGACUUUCCUUUGAAAUUCAACUGGGACGCGUCCAAGUACCAGUACAUGUAUGUCAGAGCCACUGUCAUAUACUCAGACGCUGAUCAGGCCCAGAAGAAGGUUGAGGCCUGCUACCAACAUUCCUUUUACUCGAACACAGCAAACUCUGUGACCGGCCGCAACGUCCUCCGUUCCGGUCGCGAGCUGGGUGUACCGGAUGUGUAUUACUUCGGACGUGACGACGACCCGGACUCGUGGUAUUCGGUCCUCGUGGCUGGGAAUCCGUCCCUGGAACAUCCCUACCAAUUCGUCUGCAAAAACAGCUGCACGUCGGGCAUCAAUAGACGGAAUAUCGAAAUAAUAUUCACGCUGGAAGAUGCCUUAGGAGUGGUGUUCGGCCGGCAGAGUGUUGGUGUACGGGUGUGUUCGUGUCCCAGGAGGGAUAUGAACAAGGAUGAGGUUGCUAUGGAGGAAACUGGUGUAAAGAGACCAGCCCCCUCACAACCAAACACAACCAAGAAGAUAAAGAUAGACGUGCAACACCAGCAGCAACAGCAACAACACGACACUGUUGUCACAUUGCCAUCGUUAUCCGUGGUUGGAAUACCAACUGUGGUAUCCGGUCUCCGUGUAAUGCUGAGUAUGCAGGAACAGGCUCUAGCCAUAAAGACUGAUAACUACCAGCCUGUGGAUGAUCUCAUCAAAUGUAUAACUGAUAUGAAGAAAUGCAUAGAUGACCUUGAGGAUAAGCUGAAGGACAAACCGUCUUAAACCCCAAUUUAAUAUUCCAUUCGCAAUGAUAAUAUUUUGCUAAGUACUAUUAAUUUUACUAACCAGUGAGCCAGUCACUCAAUACUUUCAGUAUGUUAGCAGUAAUAUCUGUGACUUAUUUUUUUUUUGGUUACAGAUAUAUUAUAAAUGUGAUUUUUCGUCCAUUACUUAAUUCUUCUUAUAAGUUAAGUUACUUUAAUUAUGUCUUAUUUCGUAAGGUUUAUUAUGUCGUUUUUUUUUUUUUGAUAUGACAGAAUUUUUUUGUUGUUGUUUUUUUUACCAUAUGGUCACACUGAGCCAUUGGUAGAAAAAUUCGUCAGGAAAACUGGAAUGACAGAAAUUUUGUGCUAUCUGUGCCAUUUUUUUAUUUUUAUUCUAGACUGAUAAAGAAAGGAAAUUAUUGACACUAAGCUGUGGAUUGAGCAAACAAAUCCUUAUGUUACUUAAUAAAAAAAAAAUACUGAUAUUACAUAGAUAAUAUUCUACGUAUCCUUUAUUCGAUUACACUCAACGACCAAAGCAACAAUAAUGUCAAGAUACACCCCACCACUUAUAUUAAGAUAUUAUAAGAUAUAUUUUAACUAAAACCUUAUAUAUAUAUAUAUAUAUGGACAUUUUCAAUAUCCCAAGUGCCUUCAAUACUACUGAUUGGUAGCAUUCUUGAAUACUUUUAUGUUUUGAUAUAGAAACUUUUUUUUAUUUUUUAAUUAUGUUUUAGAUUAAGAAUUGUGUAAGUGACAAGUAUGAUUUUUUUUUUUUUUAUAUUGUAUUCUUUAUAGAAAUGUGCCUUAAUUAAGAAUUGAAUAAAUUCUCAUUGAUUUAAGUAUA